AUGAAAAAAGAUCAUCGUCGGUGGACAUGGAAGUCGCCCAAUGGCGCGACUCGUGCGAAGAUCGACCACAUACUCACCAACCAGAGGUGGUGUCUACUUGACGUCUCAGUAGUAUCAUCCUUUUGUAGUGGUUCUGAUCACCGUCUCCUUCGUGCGAAAAUACGACUUAGCCACACGAUGGAAAAGAACAUCUGCUAUCGGCAACGAAGGAGAAAAGAAGUCGUCUACGACGAUUGCGUUUUCGAGAACUCUUUGUCCCAAGGUGACUGGCACAUCGAGGAGGACCCAAACAUGGACUACGAGAUGCUGCUCAGAGGAUUAUGA